AUGCCUUAUCCGAGGCGACGGACUGAUUUUAUCAGGGAUGUGGCUGCAGACAGGCAGCUGACACCGGAGGAAAGCUACCAGAUGCUCCAGAAAUUCCUCCCAGCACCUCCUCCUCGAUCCGCGACACGCGCCCCGGCUGCAAAGUCGGGUGCCAACAAGACAUCGAAGUCUGAUGAGACAGCCAGCGACAUAGACAACCUGUUCAUUGGCCGACGACGGUCAAGGACUGGCGCACGACGCUUCGUUCUCGGCCAAAUUCAUAUUCUUCUCUACACCAUCAUCCACACAGUGUUCUCCCUGUAUAUGCGCAUUCGCCAAGCCUAUCACGAAGUCCGUAACCAGAUCUACUCCGUGCUCAAGUACCACCAUCGCACUCCUGAGAUCAUUGCCCGUGAUGUUCGCGAUCUUUCGCGCAUUCCCAAACAUCUCAGUGUGAUUCUCCGUCUGGAAGAGCACGGUCGCGAGGGUGCGGAGCUUGAGCGCCUCGUCAACGAGAUUUCGGACAUUGCUGCUUGGUGUGCCUCGGCUGGUAUUCCCACUCUGUCGGUCUACGAGAAAAGGGGCGUUCUCAAAAGCUACCUGCCAGAGACCCACCGUGCUGUCUCGACUCGUCUUGCUUCAUAUUUCGGACGUGCACAUCCAGCAGUGACUCUUCAGGCACCACACGUCCCUGCGAUCCAUUCGGCGGCUUUUCCCCGUGCUCGCGAAUAUGGUGACAUCUCCGAAGGACAUAUCAAAAUCUUGCUGCUCUCGGAGGAAGAUGGCCGCGACUCGCUUGUUGACCUGACCAAGACCCUGGCAGACAUGGCCCAACGGACCAAAAUUUCCGCCUCAGACGUCAGUAUCGAUCUUAUUGAUGCCGAGCUGACGGAGAGCAUCAUGACAGAUCCCGACCUGCUUAUUCUUUUCGGACCUUAUGUCGAGCUUUUCGGAUACCCGCCUUGGCAGAUCCGCUUGACAGAGAUCUUUCACGUUCCUGACAACCACAGCGUUGGCUACCAAGUCUUCCUAUGGGGGCUGCAGAAUUACGCAAAGGCAGAGAUGAGAGUGGGCAGAUAG